UUAGUGACAAUCUUUGACCAUAUUAUCUUAGACACUUGUCCGUACCAUACUCAGAAGAUACUUUCAAACAAUUUCGUAACGAAAAAAAUUAGGAGUGCAUUCAAGAAGUAAAAUAUUAUAAAACCUAAAAAUGCUUAUAAAAGCCAAAACAUGCCUUUGUUGAGCUAGAAAGUUCAAUUUAUGAAAAAUAUUCUUACAGCAACUUUGCGUGUAGCUGGUUCCCUACAAAAAUCCACCGAAGUAAUGCAGGCAAUGCAAAAUUUGGUACGCUAUCCGGAAUUGGCUGGCAUAAUGCGUGAUAUGUCCAAAGAAAUGAUGAAAGCGGGUAUUAUUGAAGAAAUGCUUGAAGAAACUAUGGAAUCCCUGGAGGAGACUGAGGAAAUGGAAGAGGAGGCUGCCAAGGAAGUCGAUAAAGUUUUGUGGGAAAUCACAAAUGGUAAAUUGGGUGAAGCUCCCCUACCACCCGAUGAGUUGACUCCCGCUGAACAACAAAAAGUACCAGCUGCUGCUGUUGCAGUCACCGCAGAUGUGGGUGAUGAUGAUGAUGAAGAAGAUGACCUACAGGAAAUGCAAUCACGUUUGGCUUCGUUGCGGUCGUAAGAAAAAAGCUAAGCAUUAUUGAAUCGUCGUGUACUUUUAUAAAAUUUAUCAU